CGCAAGAUAAAGCAGAGAGACCUCCCUUGGCACUUAUCUGUCCCGAGAAGAUUCCUGACACAGGGACAUCGCUCUGGGUGUCAAAAACCCGUCAGCGCGCCGCGAAUGACUUAAUACGCAACCCGAGGCUCUCUCUGAAGGUUAAUCUCAUCCAGGAUGACUGAGCAGUAUCAGGAUUACAACGCGAUGGGAGACCAAGUGGGCGACAGCUCUUCUGAUCAAAUGUACUCAGGAGUCACCGGCGGGGAUGGCGUCGAUCAUGUCCCGGAGAGCGGCCAAGAGGGAGUAAUCCGGCUGCCUCGUGUUUCUCAGCACGGAGAUGAUGUGACCGAUACACUAAGUGAUGUAGAGAACGGUGAAGGAGCAAAUGAGCAGGGUCACGUAGAGAUCCCCGAGGGGGCCACUGCGGAGGAAGCUGGCGUUGGGAACACUCCUGACCAAGACAGUCAGGCUGCAGGGGACGCAUCCAAAGAGGAGAUCAGAUCAUCUUCAUCAGCCCCUGGAGGUGACGCAAUCCAGCAAUUUGUUAGCCUAACGCCAGAAUCGGAAUUGAAACCAGAGAUGGACGCGGUGGAGACUUCCCUGGGGUCGGCCAGGGACGUAGAAGGCCUUUCCGGUUUGCAGGACACACACCCUGAUGGUGUUGGGCCGGUUACUGGAGACACGGAUGGAGACUUUAGUCCCGACUGGACAGCAGUAAGUGAUGAGCUGACAGAAUUUGCUGGAACACAAGGAGAAGUCCAAAUCUCAAUCAAAGAACAAAAUGGCAAAAAAUAUGAGGAUGAAAUCCAUGAAGAAAAACAUGCGGUUUGGGAUGAAGAUGAAAGCGUCAAAUCAAGUGAGCUGGUCCAGGCCAUCACACCUACCACUUGUAGCGGAAAGGAAGAAGAGUUGAAAAUGAACGGCAGGGAGCCUGAGCUACGGCUAGAAGCGGAUGGUGGCAUCCCCCCAGAUAUCUCCGUUGGCGCUCAGCCAACUGAUGGGCUGGAGCAGCCGUUUGUGGAGAUAGCGGCUCACUCUUUCCCGGUUCAGGGGCAAUUACCACGUCCGCGGGCUUCAGUGUCUGUGUACCAGGUGGAGGUCGAUGCCAACAAAGCAAUAAAUGGCAAAGACGUGUCGCCUGAUGUUCCAGAUGUGCCAAAAGGAGAUACCUCAGAUGGUCUGGUGCAAGAGGAGAUCCCCAGAAAGCGAGUCUCUACACAUGCAUCUGGAAUACCGGUCAGCCGGACCCCAGUACCUAAAGUUCAUGAUCGGGAGAAACGCGAGGCCGAUUCCCAAGGAAAGGGGAUGCAGACUGCCUCCUCUCCAUCCCCAACCAAACACCCGAACAACAGAACUUCCACUAUUCCCAAAAGAUCUUCCUCUGCUAAUACAAUCACCCCGAAAAAAAGCUCCACUCCCUCUGGAGCCCCAGUACGGAGCGCUUCUCAGAGAUUACCCCCCGCCACGUCGCGCUCACUGAGCACCACGACACGAGACCACAGGACCAAGGAUGGAGGCAUCGAGAACAUCGGAAGUAAGCACCCAGCCUCUAGAAUCCCAUCAAAGAUGUCCACUGUUCCUAAGACGCCCCCUAGUGCUAUUAGAGGCGAGCAGAGGAAGCCACCUUCCAGCAUUGGCAGGCCUGAGAGAGCUGAUUCUCCCAAGUCUGGAGAAAAGAGCGGCUACAGCAGCCCGGGGUCUCCUGGGACGCCCACCAGCCGUUCCCGCACACCUUCCACCCAGACGCCCCCCAACAGGGAACCCAAAAAGAUUGCCAUCGUUCGCACCCCUCCCAAAUCCCCAGCGUCUGUCAAGAGCCGCCUGCAGCCGGUGCCCAGCCCGGCACCUCUCCCGGACCUGAAGAACGUCCGCUCCAAGAUCGGCUCCAUCGACAAUAUCCGGCAUCAGCCCGGAGGUGGCAAGGUGCAGAUCAUCCACAAGAAGGUGGACGUGAGCACCGUCCAGUCCAAGUGCGGCUCAAAGGACAACCUGAAGCAUACUCCGGGUGGUGGAGCAAUACAGAUAACACACAAGCCGGUCGACGUGAAACACGUGACUUCUAAGUGCGGAUCCAUGGGCAACAUCCACCACAAGCCAGGUGGGGGUAACGUGGAAGUCAAGUCUGAGAAGCUGGAUUUCAAAGAAAGGGUUCAGUCCAAGGUCGGAUCGUUGGACAAUGUCACGCACGUCCCCGGGGGAGGUACCAAAAAGAUUGAAAGUCACAAACUGACUUUCCGGGAGAAUGCAAAAGCCAAGACGGAUCACGGAGCGGAGAUCGUUUACAAGUCUCCCAACCCGUCGGGAGAUACGUCUCCCCGACGUCUCAGCAACGUCUCCUCUUCCGGCAGCAUCAACAUGAGCGACUCUCCGCAAUUGUCCACGCUGGCCGACGAGGUCUCCGCUUCUCUCGCUAAACAAGGCUUGUGAUGCGCUCCCCUCUAGCUGCAGGGCAAAAGGGGGCAGGAGGUGGGAGAAGAGGGGGCAUGAGAGAUGUGUUUUUAAAAGGGGGGGGGGCUUGAAAGCCUGUACGCUAUUUAAUAAUUAAACCUGGUCUCUUAUUUAUUA